AUGCGUUUCCAAGCGGUUGUCAUUGCCCUUUUUGCCGCUGGCGUUACAGCCAGGCCCAUGAGCGGGGUGAUGGGGAUGAUGAGCAGUCUCCUCUCGAGCUCGGGCUCGAGCUCGAGCUCGAGCCAAUCCCCCUCGUCGACAGGGUGCUCCGACAUCUGCGCAAAGGUCACGCAAGCGCUGGGGCCUUCAAACGGCCAGAUGGCAAUGCCCGUUUGCAAUGGGCUCUGUCAAGCCUACAAAGCCAGGAAGGGAGCGAAAAACCCUAAUUACGGCGGUCAAAUGUCGCCAUCCGGCUCUAAUUACAAUACUCAAAUGCCCACGCAAGCCUCUGGUCUCAAUAGUCAAAUGGGUGGAGGACAAAGUUCUGAUUUCAACUCGCCAAUGGGUGGCGGACAAGAGGCUGAUUACGGUGGUUCCAUGGGUCAAGGACAAAGCUCUGGCUACGGUGGUUCCAUGGGUCAAGGACAAAGUUCUGGCUACGGUGGUUCCAUGGGUCAAGGACAAAGCUCUGGCUACGGUGGUUCCAUGGGUCAAGGACAAAGCUCUGGCUACGGUGGUUCCAUGGGUCAAGGACAAGAGUCUGCCUAUGGUCGUCAGUCCUCGUCGCCCGGUGGCUAUGGUUCAGGAGGCCAGUAUUAA